UAUAUAUAUAUAUAUUUAUAUAAUUAAAUGUUUAAUAAAAUUUAUGUACAUAAGACCUUUAGGAUACAAAAUAAAAAUAAUAGAAACUAUUAUUAAAAACCGUGUUUAAAUAUAAAUUGUUUUUAUUUUAAAAUUAUUACAUUUAUAUUAUCAGUAUAAUGGAAACUAUUCCAGUAUAUAAUGAUGUUGAAAUAAAGCCACCUCAUAAGCCAGUAGUACUUGUUCAUGGCCUGAUGACUGGAGAUGUUACAAUGCUUGAACUAGCUAAGCAAAUUGAAGAAAUGCAUCCUGGAACUAAAACUUAUGUUCUUAAUCGGUUUUGUGGAUGGGCAAGUCUUGAACCUUUAUGGAAACAAGUAUUAGAACUUGGACCUGACUUAUUACAAAUUUGUUCCCAACACCCUGAAGGCAUUAAUUUAAUCGGAUAUUCGCAAGGAGGAAUAAUAGCUAGAGGUAUGCUAGAAUCAUAUCCUAAUCACAAUGUUCAUACAUUUAUUUCAUUAAGUUCUCCUCAAGGUGGACAAUAUGGAAUUAUUAAUUUUAUUAUAGCAAAAUGUUUUUCAAGUAUAUUUCCAAAUUUAACGCUUAAAACUGCAUAUGAACUGUUUUACUCUAAAAUGGGUCAAGAUAUUAGUGUUGGAAAUUAUUGGUAUGAUCCGUACCAUUUAGAUCUUUAUUUGAAGUAUAGUAAAUACUUACCAAUUAUUAAUAAUGAAUUAGAAACAUCAAACAGUAGUAAUUAUAAAAAAGGUAUCACUAGAUUAAAAAGAAUGAUUUUAAUUGGAGGACCUGACGAUGGAGUAAUUUCUCCAUGGCAAUCAAGUCAAUUUGCUGUUUUAAAUGAGAAUCAAGAAAUAGUUACUGUAAAAGAACGAUCAAUUUACAAGAAUGACUCUUUUGGCUUAAAGACACUAGAUGAAGCAGGAAAAUUAAUGUUUUUCACAGUUAUUGGAAUAUCUCAUCAUGAAUGGUACAAAGAUAAAUCUGUUAUAGAUAACUUUAUUAUUAAAUGGUUGGAUUAAUUAUUAUUAUAUGUGGAAUAUAUCUUAUUGUCUGUGUUUUUUUAAUACAAGGUUUAUUUAAAGUUUAAAUUUAAAUGAAUAUAUUAUUCUUUUUUAAUUUUAAUGUAAAGGAUCGAAUAAUAUUUAUUACUCUAUCGUUUAUAACUUAAAGCUGUUCAGUUAGAUUAUCAUUAUUGUUUAGAAUUUUUUCACUGCUCAUUAGAAUUCAUUGAAAAAUAAACAAAUGAUCACUUAUGUCUUAA